AUUAUACAUAGAGAUAUUAAACCGGCAAAUAUACUUAUUAAAAAUGGAAUCUAUAAAAUUGCUGAUUUUGGUUUUGCUUAAGGUGCUGAGGCCGGAAAUUAAUCAUAAUAUAAUGUAGGAAGAGUUCUAUAUAUGGCACCAGAAUCUCUUUUGAAUAAUUAAUAUUAUUUUAAAAGUGAUAUUUGGGCUUUAGGAGUGUUAUUUUAUGAACUUUUAUAUAAAUCAAUGCCUUUUUAAGCCGAUACUGAAGAAGAACUUAUUAAAUUAAUUUUGUAAUAAAAACUAUAUUUUCCUAUAUAUCCUUAUGUUUCUGAUGAAUGUAAAGAGUUUAUAAUAAAAUGCCUUUAAAUUGAUAUAAAUAAAAGAGCUAAUCUAGAAGAAUUGAAAAACCAUGUAUUAAUAAAAGAAAAAAAAAUAUAAUAAAAUGAAAACGAAUAAUU